CCACUCGAGGGUAAAGCAAGUUACAUUCAGUAUACAGAGUGGCAAUUUUGGCAUCAAUUUAUGUUGAACGUUUACUUUAACUAAAUCCGCUAGACGUCAGUAAAGAGCAUAGGAAUUGCUAUGCGACAUCUAAUGCGAUAUGGAAGGGAAACUGCAUCAGAUCAAAAUUGAUGAUCAGGUGUACUUUAUACAGCUGUCUUGCGCAGAAAAUAAUAAAUAUGAAGCAGUUUUUACCGAUGGUAGCACUUGUUGGGCCGGAGGAAUUACUGACAAUGAAAUUCAGACGUCGGUUACCGAGCUACAAAUGAAUACAGAUACAUACGUUACUCUGAUGCAUUCUGCGUUAUGUGGGGUUGAUCAGACUGGUAAUUCCGCAACGUUCGAUUACGCUUUACAGCAUAACGGUCAAGAUCUUACUCUACAGUGGAAAAAAGUUGACGGUGACAUUAAAUACUGCUUGGGGAGUAUAGACUUGAAACAUUCCGACUCUGCAGUCACAAUGAAACAAAUUUUAACUUCCUGCAGUAGUUACAUGAGUAAAAUGUGCACUGAUAAGGGAAAGACUGAAAGAAAAUGUUUGCAUUUGGAAGAGCAAUUCAGUAAAUGCAAUGAAAGCCUUAACCAGUGUUAUAAAAUAAAAGAAGAGCAACAAACAGAACUUUUGUCGAAAUUUGUGCUGGUUCUUAAUGAAAAGAAACGGAAAAUAAGAGAGCUUGAAACAAUAGUUAAAAACAAUUGUAAAGAAAAAGACACUGGGGAAAGAAAAAUCCCCCUAAAUACACAAACUACUGAAAAAUGUGUUCAAACUGAUGACAAUAAAAAACUAGUAACAGAAAACGAUGAUUUUGUUUCUCACUCUAGUCGAAAGCGGUUUAAAACCCCUUUACAAAUACAAGUGUCCCCUAUUAAAGUGACAAAACAUAAAUCCCUGGAUGUGUCGUUGCCAUCAACUGAUAUUUCUAGUUCAGAUGAUUCAACUGUGAACGCAAGCAACCUAUUAGAAGGCUGUGACUGAAAACAUAUUUAACAUAUCGUACAACGUGACACGCCAUGGGACAUGAGAUUUAAGACAGAGUUGGCCCAUUACCCCAACACCCAAGGUGCUACUGCAUGGGCCUUACCAUAUGUUAAAGUCUGUUGCUUCCCCAAAAGUGGGUCUGGGAAGUUUUCUGAAUAUCAAUAAUUUAUAUAUAUAUAUAUAAGUUAUAUCUUGUGUUGUGUAAACUUAUAAAAUAUGGCCUUGAAAAAUAUGGAAAGUUGCUAUAAGCAUCCAAGUGUGAAUUUGUGAUCUUAAGAAGUUUGAAAAUCAUACUCUGUGCAACUACUAACUAUUGUACUACGUUGGAAAUAACUGUGUAUUGGUUGGUUGCAUAUUGCACUGUAACAAUAUACU